GUUCUCGAAUAAAAUGGGAAACAAAGUGGCGACGUUUACCGAGGAACAACUGGAAGAUUAUCAAGAUUGCACCUUUUUCACCCGCAAAGAAAUUUUAAGAAUAUUUAAACGGUUCCGGGAAAUGGGAGAUCCCGGAGUGGUUCCACGAUCCAUGACGCCUCAACAAGCAUCCACGCUUCGUAUACCACUAUCGUGUUUGACACGCAUACCAGAAUUAAAGGAAAAUCCGUUCAGACAACGCAUCUCGGAGGUUUUCACCAGAUGCCAGAACCCGGGACAACAGUCGAGGCCCGAUGUCUCGAACGAAGGAAUCUGCUUCGAGGAGUUCCUCGAGAUGAUGUCGGUUUUUUCGGAGCAGGCGCCGCGGGACUUGAAGGUCUUUUACGCCUUUAAGAUUUACGACUUCGACGAGGAUGGAGUAUUGGGAUCGAGCGAUUUGGAACGCACUUGCCGACAAUUGGUCGAAGGUGGUCUGAACGGCGACGAGGUGGCCACCGUGUGCAGAAAAGUUCUAGAGGAGAGCGACAUCGACGGCGACGGUGUUCUAUCCUAUCUGGAGUUCGAGCACGUCGUAACCCGGGCCUCGGACUUCAUGGCAACGUUUCACAUAAGAAUUUAA